AGUUCUCUAACACUGCGGCAGGGCAGCACGACGAGUCUGAGUCUCAGUCACAGCCCCGCCUCCGCUUCAGCCGGAAGAGUCUCAGUCCACACGGGUCACGCUGAAGCAGGUCAACCAAUGGAGCGAGAGCCGCGUGUGCAAAUGGGUUCGCGAGCAAGGCUUUACCAAAUACGAGGCGUCAUUCCGCGAAAACAUGAUUAACGGCGAGGCUCUGGUCGAGCUGGACUACAACCUACUAAAGGACCUAUCAGUGCGAACGGUUGGCGAGCGUGUGCGGCUCAACUUGGCCAUCAAGCGACUGCGCCAGCAGUGUCUGCAAGUGGAGGCAGACAACGAGGCGACAGCGCGUAGCAAGCAGAGAAUGGCUGCAGAGGGGUACGCGAGCCCAAACAGCCUUACUCCACACAGCGGGAUCGACAUAAGCCCUGUGUCAGUGUCGGCCUUGCGGAACAGCCAUUCUGCAGCGGCUAGUGCAGCCGGCACUGUCAAUGCUAACGGCGCUUUAAUGAAUUGCGGGGCCAAGGACUUACCUCAGCCGCUGCGCAUCGCUCACUCGUCUGCGGCAAUCGGCGGCCCGGCAAGCAACGAGAAUGGCGCAAACCACAAUAACGGCAGCAGCAUAAUUCAGCGGGCAAACACUGACACGCGGUCCUUCAGCACGCGCGAACACAUAAAUAACCAGCACCACCCGUCGCAAACCAUUGGUGGCGUAGCAUUGCGCAGGCCAAAGACGCCGCACGACAAGGCCUCAAAGUUGGUCCAGCCACUGACUAUGUCGCCGCUUGUAUCGAUGAAUAUGCUCAAACAGGGAUCAAAGACAGGUUCUGCAAAGGAGAACGGGCAUCCAUCGCAAUCCUCAAAGUUGUCUCUCAAGACCAAUCCUGGUGCUCUAAGCGGUAUGCUGGGUGUCGAGCCCAUGUCGGCGCCCCUGCCGCGCAUGCGCAUGAUAUCAAAUACAUUCCGGCAGCUAUCAACGUCGGCGUCUCCACCGCCAAGCACGCCGUGCAGGCGCUCAGGGACGCUGUUGAGUCAAAAUUAUCUUCGAAGUACGGGUCAGGCGAGGACGCCGAUCGCCUGGGCCUGCAGUUCCAGGAGUUCUUUGGCACUGAGAUCAAUGUGGCAAACCUGGCCGACUCGCUGACUGUCAAGACCUGGCAGGUGACCAUUUCGGGACCUGAUAACCAGGUGCGCCAGGUGACGAUCAGCAUGGGGAGCUUGGCCGCCACUAUCCUUGACAAAGUGCGGGGUGAAUUCGACCUAAACAACGACUCGGACGGAGAGCAGUACUCGCUGUUCAGCAUGACCAGCGAAGGAGGCGGUGCUAGGUGCCUGAGCAACGAUGAGCUGACCAAGCUGUUCGCUGACCCAGAGG